AUGGAAAUGAAACAAAUGCAGAGGGGAGCAUCAUCCGUUGAAGCACGAAGAGAACGGGAGCGUCGUGCAGAAGAGAAAGCCGGUCUGAUAACUAUAAAGCCUCUCCGGCCACAAGGAGACAAUGGCGGCUCGAAGCUCUCCGAUGAUUCAGCAUCACGCACUGGAAAAAAGGGAUUCAAGAGUGCCUUUGGGUUUAGCGAUGAUCAGCACAAAAAAGAGAAGCAGCCUAUGGGUUUCAAGAAGGCAUUUACGGACGAGCCUGGAGGCGGUGUUUCUUGUAUGGAAGCUUUAGAGCCGAGAGAAAUAGGCGGAAACCUCCCAAGUGAUACAGAUGACGAUUAUGAUUACGACGUAUACGACCCUACAAGGCCUACACUUUGA